AACUAAAGAAGAAGAAGCAGCAGCAGCAGCUUUUACUGUCUAUGGCAGCUCCGCUAGCGCGUAGAUAGCACCAAUGUCUGAAUUCUGACACGCACAUCUACGUUUCACGCAUGUAAAUACUUCUACCGAAUCCUGAACUAGUCGGUCGAGGCAGAAUGGCCGUUUUCCACGGUGUCCGUGUUGUAUUUGUGUUGUUUGUGUGCGGGUCGCUGAGGGACGCGUUAAGUUUCUACCUCCCUGGUUUGGCCCCUGUGAGCUUCUGCGAGACAGAAGAGGGCGAAAAAAACAACGACGUUCCAGACUGCAAGUCAACCAUCGAGCUGUUUGUGAACAGGCUGGAUUCUGUGGAGUCUGUUUUGCCCUAUGAAUACACCGCGUUUGAUUUUUGUGCUGAUGAGUCCGAGAAGCGUCCAUCUGAGAACUUGGGUCAGGUGCUGUUUGGAGAAAGAAUUGAGCUGUCCCCGUAUAAGUUUUCCUUCAAGAAGAAUUUGGAGUGCCAGAGUGUCUGUCUUAAAUCUUACAACACAGAAAAAGCUGAGGAAAAAGCCAAGCUGGACUUUCUCAAGAAGGGAAUGCUCCUCAAUUACCAACACCACUGGAUCGUCGAUAAUAUGCCGGUGACCUGGUGUUACGAUGUGGAGGACAAUCAGAAGUUCUGUAAUCCAGGGUUCCCCAUUGGUUGCUAUGUCACUGAUACGGGACGGCCCAAAGAUGCCUGCGUAGUCAACGCCGACUUCAAUGACAAAGACACCUUCUACAUCUUCAACCAUGUGGACAUCACCAUUUUCUACCAUGUGGUGGAGAACGAGGCGGCUGGUGCCAGACUGGUUGCAGCUAAAUUAGAGCCCAAAAGCUAUAAAUACACCGACAUGGAGAAACCAGACUGCAAAGGACCUCCCAUGAGUCUGAACAACAAGUUUAAAGGAGAAGUCAAGAUUCCCUACACUUACUCCGUCAAGUUUGUGGAGGACAAACAGAUUCGCUGGGCCUCUAGAUGGGAUUAUAUUCUUGAGUCUAUGCCACACACCAACAUUCAGUGGUUCAGUAUCAUGAACUCUUUGGUCAUCGUACUCUUCCUCUCGGGGAUGGUUGCUAUGAUCAUGCUCCGAACACUCCAUAAAGACAUCGCCCGAUACAACCAGAUGGACUCUGUGGAGGAUGCCCAGGAGGAAUUUGGCUGGAAGCUUGUUCACGGAGAUGUCUUCAGGCCUCCCAGGAAAGGCAUGCUGCUGUCUGUGUUCCUGGGAUCUGGGACUCAGAUCUUCAUCAUGACCUUUGUUACUCUCUUUUUUGCCUGUUUGGGCUUCCUGUCACCUGCCAAUCGUGGGGCUCUGAUGACGUGUGCAGUGGUGUUGUGGGUGCUCCUGGGUACUCCAGCUGGUUAUGUGGCUGCCCGCUACUACAAAUCCUUCGGUGGGGAGAAGUGGAAGACCAAUGUUCUGCUGACAGCAUUUCUUUGUCCAGGGGUGGUGUUUGCAGAUUUUUUCGAAAUGAAUCUGAUUUUGUGGGGUGAGGGUUCAUCAGCUGCCAUGCCCUUUGGUACUCUGGUGGCCAUCCUGGCUCUGUGGUUCUGUGUCUCAGUGCCCCUCACCUUUAUUGGAGCAUACUUUGGUUUUAAGAAGAGCGGCAUUGAACAUCCUGUGCGGACCAAUCAGAUCCCCAGACAGAUUCCAGAGCAGUCCUUCUACACCAAACCUCUUCCUGGCAUUGUCAUGGGUGGAAUCCUGCCAUUCGGCUGCAUCUACAUCCAGCUGUUCUUCAUCCUCAACAGCAUUUGGUCUCAUCAGAUGUACUAUAUGUUCGGCUUCCUCUUCCUGGUCUUUAUCAUCCUGGUCAUCACCUGUUCUGAGGCCACCAUCCUGCUGUGCUACUUCCACCUGUGUGCUGAGGACUAUCACUGGCAGUGGCGCUCCUUCCUCACCAGCGGAUUCACAGCUGUUUAUUUCCUGGUCUAUGCCAUCUAUUACUUCUUCUCUAAACUGCAGAUCAGUGGGCUCGCCAGCACCAUUCUUUACUUCGGCUACACCAUGAUCAUGGCACUCAUCUUCUUCCUCUUCACAGGUACAAUUGGAUUCUUUGCCUGCUUUUGGUUUGUCACCAAGAUCUACAGCGUGGUCAAAGUGGAUGAAAUGAAAGCAAUCUUACGUGAGACUGAACUCUUCUCUGCCAAAUGUGAGAUCCCAGAGAGGGACCUGAGCGCUGGUUAACUUUAUCUGUUACCACAGCGACUCUGCUUUACAUCAACAACUCUGAAUCAACAAAUUCCAAAGUCUUUUUAAUUGUUAGGUCUUUUUUUUUUUUUUUCUUGUUUCCGUUCAUGCCUCAACACAUUUUGUGCCUCGUUAUCACAGGAAAAUCAAGAACCUUUUUUUCUUUUCUUUUUUUUAGAACAGGUUUGUGAAAAUGUGAAGUUCCCCAUACAUACACAGGUGCACUGCAGCGAAAUGAUUUUCUUUGUAUAUAUGCACAGCAUUUAAAACCUGUU